GCAUAUAUAUUCGGAACACCGUUUCGCGAAGACAGUUGCCAACAGAAGUAAGGUCCAUUAGGAAUCGAAAGAUGGCGAAAGUAGCAGCUCUACUGAUUGGAAUCGCACUACUUGGCGUGGUCUCAGUUUCAUCGGGACAGGCCGGUAUCUCGAGAGUCGGGACUAACAGUAUCCAAUUUGCGUGUCCUGAUGGCCACUUCCAAUACAUCAUCGUCACCAUAACCACCAAAUUUAGAGCCGUUGACGCACCACACACAAAUUGGGCUCAGUUCAACGUUGAGGUCAACGGUCUGCGACUUGCAACGAUCACCAACUCUAUAUACGUUAUUAAGGGCGGAGCCAAAGGGCACUAUUGGGGUUAUGAGACAUACGCAGUGUCUCAGAAGAUGAUCAAUUAUAUGGUGCUUCCGGGUAACAGUGUAAGUGUCAAUUUCCUUAACGGGGAACAGCAUAUUAGCAGUGACAUUCGUGUAGACCUAUCUAACUAGGUCACAGUGAACAACCCAAAUUUACACCUGACACGAGGGGUUUGAUACAAACUGCCGGCAUCAGCCCACUUUACAUAAAAAAUAAUUCAGUUGUGCCACCUUGUUCCUCUCUAAUUACACCCUCAAUCGCUUAGUGACGUUUGUGUUGGUAAACUAUCAAUUUACUAGUGCAACUUUACGAUGUACACAAAUUUGUUAAUAAAUGGCAACAAAAUCGUUUA